UACUGAAAUUUAAGGAGGAAAAAAAAAAAAAAAAGAGAGUUGCUAGUUGCUGAUGUCAUCAAAGUGCUAACAUUAAUCACUCACAGCAUCACUGGUACACGCACGAGGGGGAUAUAACAGGGAUGUUCAGGCAGUACACUGUCCAAGGGAAGGCAAGGAAGAGAGUGGGGAAAAGACAUUUUUUCUCCUGUACAUUCUUUGAAAAGCAAGGCAACAGCGUCUUUAGACAAGAUGUGCUCUUGCAUGAAUUUAAGUGGAAGAGACAAAGAAUCCAUGCCACCAGCAGCAUCAGAGAAAAAAACUGAAAGCACCAAGCAAUGAGAAUUCAAGUCCAGGGAAUCUGAGGGGAAGAAUAAGCAAACUGGCAAGCAGAGAUCAGGCAGGAAAUAACUCAUAUGAAAAGGGAGGCAGAAAACUUAGCGUUUAUGUCAUUUUCACAGCAGCAUCACCGUAUGAAAAUUCUGUUCUGAAAUUUCUGUCAGGAAGUGGCGCCAUCUGAAAAAAAAACCCAGCUGAAAGGAAGUAGCUCUCCAAUUGCAAAUUCUGCCAAACAUACUGUGUCUCAUGGAGACAAGAUAAAAUUGGUCACCUGUACAGGCAGCAGCUCUGGUUGAAUUUCUAUAAGCAUGUUUAUCCUUUCACUUGGGAAAGAAAUGCACAGAUUUAAAUACUCCAAACUUUAUGAACUUCCAGCUCUCACUUUUACAUAGCAGUACCAAGAUAAGAGCAGUUUCCUAAUAAACGCCUUUCCUAAAUUACAGAGCACUACAAUUACAAUCCACACAACAUCCCCAGUGCUGAAGCUUCUACGUUACCUCCCUGUAAAACAAACAUCUUCCCUUCCCACAGCAAGAUCAGCAUUGGGAGAGAAGAAAACACCUGAGCAACAUCCCGAUGGGAAUAACCGUCCAAAACAUCACAGGAAACACGGCAAUGGUAAUUUGGCCAAAAAUGGCCAGCUGUGCCGACAGCUUUUACAGCAUCAUGUACCACCCUAACUGGAACAACAUGCUAUCCAGUUACUCGAGAAAGAACUUUCAGAAGGAAGAGAGGGUGCCCACCAGUCGUUCCUCCUUUGUUGUUGAAAACCUAACUCCGCUAACAACGUACAUUGUGUGCGUGACCUGCCAGUCUGCAAACCCCUCCAGUGACCAGUGCAGAGUUUUUAACACACUGGAACGAGACCCAGCAUCUGCGAGCAACACCAAGAAAGAGCUGGCACUGGGCAUCUGGCUCACCAGCAGUGUCCUGCUCCUCAUCAUCGCUGCAGUCCUCCUCUACGGCUGCCUGCACCUCGUGUGCCGCAGGAGACGUGAGCGCUUGCAAGGGCCGAAUGGGACCUCCAAACAAGACUACGGGAAGGUGUGGACCAAAAGCACAGCAUACGCCUUGGAGGAGCUUGGCAGGCAGAGCCAACUGAUGCAGGACACUGAGGAAAAGCAUCCAGGUGGCAUCCAGCUAGCCACAAUCAUAGAGAAUCCUUCAGUGUGCAAGGAGCCUGUCAUGCCGACUGCCAAAAGCCAGGAACAAGUGCCAAUGACUGGACAGCGCUCUGCUAUAAAUUAGAAACCUUUUGUCAGGGAGAUUUUUACUACAUAUGACAUCCCAACUGCUUCAAACUCACCUCAUGCAUUGUCAGCAUUCACAAUGGGCACUCCAACUGCUCACUGCAGUACUCCUGGCUGUACCUCCGGUGUCACAUCUAUUUCCAACAGCCUAUAAGCAGCCAGAGGUACUCAGAGGCAAAUGUUCAGAUUCCCAAGAAGUGAGCACUUCAGCCACACUCCAUUAUUUAAAAACGAAGCAUGUAGCAAAUAAUUGAUUUAUAUUUCAAGGUGGGGUUUUUUUUUUUUUUUUUGUUGCUUUUCUUUAGUCUAAAACCGCAAAUAAAUAUGAAAAUGAAUCAAAAGUGACCAAGAGACUUUUUUGGUUUUUACUAGCAUAAGUAAAACUGAGUAGAAGUUUUCAGAUGGCAACCCAGACCACUACACUACAGGUAACUGGAAUGUGCACUCUGAGUGCAAUAGUUUGCCAGGGUGAAUUCUACUCCCACAAUCCUGACUGCUUCUCAAACUACACACUACAAACUGCUACACUCAGACGACACACUUUGCUGACCAUGGUGUUCUCCAUAGCUCCCGGAUGAAUGAGGUCAGUCUCUGCACGUAAGCUAAACUCACCCGGAUUUCUGUCUGAAAAUUCCCCUUGGCCUAAAAACAUGUGCAAGAUAGCAACUCUGUAAGGACACUUCUAAUGAAACUAAGGUAAUAUCCUGCGCUAUUGUAUUUUGCACUCUUCUACACCCACCAUGAGCUACCUUCUGCUUCACAGGCGAGUGGCUCUCUGUAGAGGAAAUGGAGUUCAGAGACCCAAGUCCUGGCCCUUUCUUCCCUCCUUCCCUUUCAGUUUUUAAUGAUGAAACUCAUUCACCAGCUGCAAAUUUCUGUCCAACCAUGCAGUACAUUUUAUGUAAUGAAGGUAGCAAGGAAGUAAAAACUUGCCAUAACACAUUUUAUUCUUGUAACAAGAAAAUCUGAUGAUCAUCUCACUCUGCCUUGAGCUUCACAGCAAAGUGCCAAGAAAGGCCCUUCGGACAGAAAUCUGUUAACUUCGCAACAUGACAAGUCUUACCUGGCUUACAUGUAUAAGUCUCCCUGUUGUAAAUCUCUUAAGUGCGUUUGUGUUGCAUAAAACUGUAAUAAAUCUUAAGUAUUGCUGUAUA